GUCCACCCGGCCCCGGGUGGGUCUCUUGUUGGGAGGUGUGGGACGGCCCGCCGAUGUUCGGGGCGGGCGGCGCCGCUGCGGUCUCUUGGCAAGUGUCUGUCAUUCAACAGGUGUUCUGUAGGGCGCCCACUGCGUCGUUUGCGCCACCUGCCUUUCCUGCUCCCCGGUCACUGUGCAUUGUUGAUACUCCUUUAAUCGAGUCCCGUCCCUUUUUUUAAGAGUAUGUAGAGAAGCCGUUGAAGCUGGUCCUCAAAGUGGGCGGAAACGAGGUCACCGAGCUCUCUACGGGCAGCUCGGGGCAAGACUCAAGCCUCUUGGAAGACAGAAAUGAUCACGACAAACAUAAGGACAGAAAGCGGAAAAAGAGAAAGAAAGGAGAGAAACAGGUUCCAGGGGAAGAAAAAGGGAGAAAACGGAGACGAGUGAAGGUAAAGGUUGUUGGCAUUACUUCAGUUUGGCUGACGGCGACACUUUCUAAGCGGUCCAUCCCCCGGCUCCCAGCCCGGCUUUAUUUUCUUUGCGUGCAGUGAGACGCUGAAACACCUGUGAAAUCCGACUGGUUUUGAGGAGGAGCAAGGCAGGGUAGAAACGUGACUCAUUUAUGAGUUUCAGCCCAUCUUUGUUUAAUUAUACUUUUACGCAGUUUGUACUCACACACCAGGUGGGUAAGUGGCUAAGUCCCGAUUUUCAGGGGCUCCUUCAAAGAAUGCUUUUUCCACCUAAGAAGGGUAGAGGUCAUGCUCAGGAAGAAGUCAGUGUUCCAGGUUUGUCAAAAAAUAGUCAUGUCAGAAUUGAAUGGGAUCUAUCAGAGUUUAAAUUUUGUUCUGAAGUAAAUACUAAAUGCUGAAUAUAUAGUGAACAAUUUUCAUCUUUUAAAAUAAAGUUUUAGUCUAAGGAAGAGAAAAUUUGAUCAGAGACCUUUCGGGGACAUAACACCAGUAAUAAAAAUUUUCUUAACCAUUUGCAUUUAAUAGGAAAAAAGUAGUUGCCAUUUUGGUUCAUAGACUGGGCAAAAUAAUACUAAUAAACUUGCCUUCCAACGAUGAUCACAUACAUACCUGGAGUCAUCCUAGAGUUCUGUAUUCCCGGAUUGAACCUGUCAGAGGAUAAAAGGAAGCAAGAUCGGGACCGUGUGGAGAAUGAGGCAGAAAACGACCUCCAGUGUCAGGCCCCAGUAAGACUAGACUUGCCUCCUGAGAAGCCUCUCACAAGCUCUUUAGCCAAACAAGAAGAAGUAGAACAGACACCCCUUCAAGAAGCUUUGAAUCAACUGAUGAGACAAUUGCAAAGAAAAGACCCAAGUGCUUUCUUUUCGUUUCCUGUGACUGAUUUUAUUGCUCCUGGCUACUCCAUGAUCAUUAAACACCCAAUGGAUUUUAGUACCAUGAAAGAAAAGAUCAAGAACAAUGACUACCAGUCCAUAGAAGAACUAAAGGAUAAUUUCAGACUCAUGUGUACUAAUGCCAUGAUUUACAACAAGCCGGAGACCAUUUAUUAUAAAGCUGCAAAGAAGCUGUUACACUCAGGGAUGAAAAUUCUUAGCCAGGAAAGAAUUCAGAGCCUGAAGCAGAGCAUAGAAUUCAUGACAGACUUGCAGAAAACUCAAAAACAGAAAGAUCAGACAGACACCUCGCAGAGUGGGGAGGACAGCGGCUGCUGGCCACAGGAGAAGGAAGAUGCUGGAGAUGCUGAAGCCCAGGCCUUCAAAAGCCCCAACAAGGAAAACAGAAAGAAAGAGAGAGAUACAAGUGAAGAUAAAUUUAAAAGCAGUAAUUUAGAAAGAGAGCAGGAGCAGAUUGACCGCAUCGUUAAGGAAUCUGGAGGAAAGCUGACCAGGCGGCUUGUUAAUAGUCAGUGUGAAUUUGAAAGAAGAAAGCCAGAUGGGACGACAACAUUGGGGCUUCUCCAUCCUGUGGACCCUGUUGUAGGAGAACCAGGCUACUGCUCUGUAAAACUGGGAAUGACCACUGGGAGACUUCAGUCUGGAGUGAAUACUUUGCAGGGGUUCAAAGAGGAUAAAAGGAACAGAGUAACUCCAGUGUUAUACUUGAAUUAUGGACCCUACAGUUCUUACGCCCCACAUUAUGACUCCACAUUUGCAAAUAUCAGCAAGGACGAUUCUGAUUUAAUCUACUCUGCCUAUGGGGAAGACUCGGAUCUUCCAAGCGAUUUCAGAAUCCAUGAGUUUUUGGCCACGUGUCAAGAUUAUCCAUAUGUUAUGGCAGAUAGUUUAUUGGAUGCUUUAACAAAAGGAGGGCAUUCUAGAACCCUGCAAGAGUUGGAGACGUCGUCACCUGAAGAUGAAGGCGAGACUGGGACAGUUGACACAACCAAAGACAUAGAGCAGGUUACAGAAGUAGAGCCGGCAGGGCGUUUGGACCGCAGUAACCAGGACAGGCUGACAGCACUGAGAGCAGUCACGAGCUUUGGCGCUCCAGUUGAAGUGUUUGCCUCUGAAGAAGCUGAAGGGUUCCAGAGGAAACUGGACGAGACCACCAAAUUGCUUCGGGAGCUUCAGGAAGCCCAGAACGAACGUCUGAGCACCAGACCCCCUCCCAACAUGAUCUGUCUCUUGGGUCCCUCGUACAGAGAAAUGCAUCUUGCUGAACAAGUGACCAGUAAUCUUAAAGAACUUGCACAGCAAGUCACUCCUGGUGAUAUUGUCAGCACGUAUGGAGUUCGGAAAGCAAUGGGGAUUUCCAUUCCUUCCCCCAGCUUAGAAAACAACUUUGUAGAUCUGACAGAAGCUUUUGAAGACCCUAACAAGGCUGAUGUUGCUGAAUGUGGAUGUGAUGAGAUUGGAAGCUAACUGGUAUUUGAUUAUAGAUAAUGUACAUAUCUUUUUUUUUUUCAUUCUUAACCUUGGAAAUGCUUUUCAGAGGAUAUUAAAUAUUUAUAAAUUGUGUUUUUGAUUAAA